CCACCCAUUUCUCGCUUUCUUCUUCCCCCCUCCUCCUACCAUCUGCUCUUCCCUCUUCCACCUUCCUCUGCGAAGCCUCAUCCUUGACUCUCUUAGGAGCAGUACACAUAGGUUUUCUAUCCUAUAUCAUUUGAAUCAGGUCGAGCUAGCUCUCGAUUCUGGUCAUCUGUGUGUCUUUUCUGCUUCCUAUUUAUCCCCCCUCAUACUUUUUUUUAACAACCCCGCCUCUACGGCAGUUGCUGAAAAAAAUCAGUCAAAAUGGUUAACUUCACCAUCGAGGAGAUCCGGUCCCUUAUGGACCGCAAGGCCAACAUCCGUAACAUGUCGGUCAUUGCUCACGUCGAUCACGGAAAGUCCACCCUCAGUGACUCUCUGGUCCAGCGUGCCGGUAUCAUUUCGGCUGCUAAGGCUGGUGAGGCUCGUUUCAUGGACACCCGUAAGGACGAGCAGGACCGUGGUAUCACUAUCAAGUCCACUGCCAUCUCCUUGUACUCCAACUUCUCCGACCCUGAGGAUCUGAAGGAGAUCCCCCAGGCUGUCGAUGGUAGCGAGUUCUUGAUCAACUUGAUCGACUCCCCCGGUCACGUUGACUUCUCGUCUGAGGUCACUGCCGCUCUCCGUGUCACCGAUGGUGCUCUCGUCGUUGUCGACUGUGUGUCUGGUGUCUGUGUCCAGACCGAGACCGUCCUGCGUCAGGCUCUUGGUGAGCGUAUCAAGCCCGUCCUCAUGAUCAACAAGGUCGACCGUUCUCUUCUCGAGCUUCAGGUCACCAAGGAGGAUCUUUACCAGUCCUUCGCCCGUACCGUUGAGUCCGUCAACGUCAUCAUCUCCACCUACUAUGACAAGGCUCUCGGUGAUGUCCAGGUCUACCCUGACCAGGGUACCGUUGCUUUCGGUUCCGGUCUCCACGGUUGGGGUUUCACCGUCCGCCAGUUCGCCGUCAAGUACGCCAAGAAGUUCGGUGUUGACCGCAAGAAGAUGCUUCAGCGUCUGUGGGGUGACAGCUACUUCAACCCCAAGACCAAGAAGUGGUCCAAGUCUGGUGAGCCCGACGAGCGUGCCUUCAACAUGUUCAUUUUGGACCCCAUCUUCAAGAUCUUCGACGCCGUUGGCAAGAACAAGAAGGAUGAUGUUCUGAAGAUCGUUGAGAAGCUCGAGGUCAAGCUCAGCGCCGACGAGAAGGAGCUUGAAGGCAAGGCUCUCCUCAAGCUGGUUAUGCGCAAGUUCUUGCCCGCUGCCGACGCCAUGUUGGAGAUGAUCUGUAUCCACCUGCCCUCUCCCGUCACUGCCCAGAAGUACCGUGCCGAGACUCUGUACGAGGGUCCUACCGAUGACCAGUUCUGCACCGCUAUCCGUGAUUGUGACUCGACCGCUCCUCUCAUGCUGUACGUCUCUAAGAUGGUUCCCACCUCUGACAAGGGUCGUUUCUACGCUUUUGGUCGUGUCUACGCUGGUACCGUCCGAUCUGGUCUCAAGGUCCGCAUCCAGGGUCCCAACUACGUUCCUGGCAAGAAGGACGACCUGUUCAUCAAGAGCAUUCAGCGUACCGUUCUGAUGAUGGGUCGCUUCAUCGAGCCCAUUGAGAACGUUCCUGCCGGUAACAUCGUCGGUCUUGUUGGUGUUGACCAGUUCUUGCUCAAGUCUGGUACACUUACCACCGACGAGGCUGCCCACAACAUGAAGGUCAUGAAGUUCUCUGUCUCUCCCGUCGUGCAGCGCUCCGUUGAGGUCAAGAACGCCCAGGAUCUGCCCAAGCUUGUCGAAGGUCUCAAGCGUCUGUCCAAGUCUGACCCUUGUGUCUUGACUUUCAUCUCCGAGUCUGGUCAACACGUUGUCGCCGGUGCUGGUGAGCUUCACUUGGAAAUUUGCUUGAAGGAUCUCGAGGAGGACCACGCUGGUGUUCCCCUGAACAUCAGUGACCCUGUCGUUCCUUACCGUGAGAGUGUUACUGGCGAGUCCAGCAUGACUGCUUUGUCCAAGUCGCCCAACAAGCACAACCGUAUCUACCUUACCGCCUCUCCCCUUGGUGAUGAAGUCGCUCAGGCUAUCGAAACCGGCAAGAUCAACCCCCGUGACGACUUCAAGGCCCGUGCCCGUGUCCUCGCUGACGAGUACGAGUGGGAUGUCACCGACGCCCGUAAGAUCUGGACUUUCGGUCCCGACACCAACGGUACCAACUUGAUGGUUGACCAGACCAAGGCCGUCCAGUACCUCAACGAAAUCAAGGACUCCGUUGUCUCUGGUUUCCAGUGGGCCACCCGUGAGGGUCCCCUUGCUGAGGAGCCCAUGCGUGCCAUUCGCUUCAACAUCCUUGAUGUGACCCUGCACGCUGAUGCCAUUCACCGUGGUGCUGGUCAGAUCAUGCCUACCACUCGUCGUGUCAUGUACGCCGCCGCCAUGCUUGCGGACCCUUGUAUUCUCGAGCCCAUCUUCAACGUCGAGAUCCAGGUUCCCGAGCAGGCCAUGGGUGGUAUCUACGGUGUCCUUUCCACUCGUCGUGGUCACGUCUACGCCGAGGAGCAGAGACCCGGUACUCCUCUGUUCACCAUCAAGGCUUACCUGCCCGUCAACGAGUCCUUCGGUUUCACCGGCGCUCUCCGUGCCGCCACCGGUGGUCAGGCCUUCCCCCAGUGUGUCUUCGACCACUGGAAUGUUCUCGAAGGAGGAUCUCCUCUUGACCCCAGCACUAUGGUUGGUGGCAUUGUUAAGGAUAUGCGUGUCCGCAAGGGUCUCAAGGACACCGUUCCUGGCUACGAGAACUACUACGACAAGCUGUAAACUCGUUAAUACCAGCCGGAUAGGGUUUCUUACAGUUUCCAGCGGAAUCCUAUGUUAAUGAGAUUGACGAACGCAUUACAUUGUCCAUGUUAAAAAAUAUCAACGAGCAUCAAAAUUUCUCGUCUCUUCGGGCUUCGUCCUUGUCGUAUGUGGUUUCCGAACACCUAGAGAGAAGUAGAAUGGGGGUGCACACGUGCAUUUGCUAAGGGUUUUUUAUUAUAUUGUUACGUUUAUGACUGUGGGGACUUUUUUACAUAGUUGACUUGCUCUAUGGUUGGACAUGAAAAUUUCAUUGUAGUUC